AUGUAUUACGUUCGUUCUCGUCAUGGGACGGGAUCGGCGAGCAACAGCACGAGGCGUGGACUGCUGGAAAUCUCCCAGCCGGAAUCGAAGAUGAGUUCCAGGUUCUCCGACAAGGCGAUGAGGGGGAUGUUCGACAAAUCGAGUCACGGGUUCUCCACCUCCACUCCCGUCCCUUCCCCGAUUCACAAGGGCAGCCCCAGGAGUUCAGACGACUCCGCUUCGACCUCGUACCGCUCGCCUCCCGAGUAUCAUCACGGGCCGUUUCAGUUCGGCCUUCCAGGCAAGGAGAACGAGGAGCUGUCUUCGCAGAGUUCUGCCGAUCUCACCCACGAAGUGGCCGUCCUACUGAACAGGUUGAGGACCUAUCGAGAGAAGUUGGACAAAGCCGUCCAGCAGGCGCUCCACCCCUGUGAUAUUACACGCUCCUCCAUAUCACUGGACUCGCUCAGGCCCCCCGCCCCCCGACCUUCAUUCAUCCGUCCUUCGACCGCAAAGCCCCGGACACGCAAAACGGACCCCGUGUCCCUCUAUCAUAAGUACAAGCAAGAAUGGGAAAGGAACAAGAUUCCAGGUACAAGUCCUCACAAGAGCCUGCGCUGGGAGAUUCGACAUCGCAUGGCCCACAUUCGAUGACCAUGUUCAUUUUAUUUUGUGUUUUCUGGUUCUUUUCUUCUGACAGCAAGAAUAAAUGACAAUUUGCAUCCA